AUAUACUGUACAACCAAUACAUUAGACAUUACGUUAUGUUUGACUUAUUUGAUCAUUUGUUUUGCUCGUUAAGUGUACUCUCUAUUCAUUCAAUAUAAUUGUCAUUAAUUUGCAUUGUUUUUGUUAUUACAAGUGUUGUGACAAAUGUUUUGAUCAAUCAAUCAAUUAGUUUGUUUGGUAUUACAUGUGAACAAUGUAUAAGUGAUGGUCAAUGCAAAUGUGAUAAUUAUUUGUGUUAUGGGAUGUGAUUGAAGACCAGUGACAAUACAAAUGGCAAAUUUAACUGAUGUGCGGUCCACUUGUUUUGGUCACAAGUAUGUCUUGUUGUCCAUAUUAUGCGGUUGUUUAUCAUCACUGGUCGGCUCAUUGAUGGUCAUUAUCUAUGCACUGAUCCGCUCAAACACAUCUUCAUUGCAAUACUUUGAAACAAUUCCUACAUAUAUUGUGGCACUUCUGCUCAUCCUCAAUGGUCUCAUUGUUAUAUGUUUUGCUAAGAGCGGUGCAAGACGUGAAUAUCUGGUGAAACUAAUCGGUGGUCUCUAUUUGUUGUGUGCUUUGUUGAGUGUCAUAAUGACUGUCACCACAUCAGUGGUUCACUUGAGUCGUUUGCAACCAUUGACGGGUUGUUUCCCAGUCGAUGGCAAUUGUUUGUGUCUAAUUAAAAGCUUCGAAAGUGAUGAAAAACAAGGUCUUCAAAGCUACACAUUUAAAGAUACGAUUGAUUGUGAUGUUGUCCAAGGAUUACUCUCUACUUGUUUAAGAGGAUUGUUUGGUUUAUCGGUGGCGUCGAUAUUGAUUUGCAUAUUCUCUCUAAUGUUAGUCUAUCAGUUGCUAAGCCAUCAAAAGAAGAAGAAAUAUCUACAACAACUAGAACUCAGAAGAAGAUUUCAAACACAGAAUAGAGGCAAUCAUUCCACUCAUAGCUCCUAUCCUUCGUCUCAUAUUUCGCCUAUACUUCACCACCAAAGCCGUAACCAUUCACUAAGAAAUUUGCAAAUAAAUGGUUAUUAUGAUGAAAACACUGCGUCUAAUGGUGUGUCCUUUUACCCACAUUCUUAUGAUUAUUUGGACAAUCGUUGUUAUAAUAAUAAUAAUAAUUUUAAUAUUAUUAAUAACAUUGAUGAUGACAAUAUCGGAAUUGUUACCAAUCGAGCAAAUGUUUGGACAAAUUGGCUGAAUUGGCCGCGAAAUUACACAAAUAAUAAUAAUAAUCAUAUUUCUAAUCAGACAACCAAUGGUAAUAAUGGAUGGUUUCGUGAAUUAUUUUUCAGAAAUAGAGAUUUACAUGAUAUCACUACAAAUAACAAUCAUUUGAGACAUGCAAUGAAUCAAAUGCUUAUUCCUCCACACGUUUUUAUUCCUCGUAUUGGUUCCGAUGGACUUUCACAGUUGCCAACACAUAUUAUCAAUAGACAUCAGAAUAACCAAUUGAGACCACAUUUAAUGAGAGCCAUGAAUUCUGUUCACAGAAGGACCCGAUCUAAUGACGGUAUAUUCCAACACAUGAAUGUCCAUAAUUUAGUACCAAUUGAACGAUCAUAUAAUGCUAACAACAGUGCCAUAAAUAAUAGCAGUAAUAUGUUUGCCAUGUGGGGACCUCCUCCUCCUUAUACUUGUUCUCAACCACAAUCAUUGAAUAGAAUAAAUACCAUUUGUAAUAACAUAAAUAACUCUUCUGGUAAUCAACACUGUCGACAAUUGAGUGUCCAAACAACAGAUGUAAACUCGUCUAAGAUAUCGACUCCAAUGUCUGAGAGACGCUUUCGCACAAAUGCAUCGCAAGGUAUUCGACAAACAGAUGACUCAAACGAUAAGUUAAUGAAAACAGAAAAGAAUGGUUCGUGUAUUGUUGAGAUUCAUGUACAAUAUGAAGACAAUAACAAUAAUAACAAUAACGACCAAAAAAAUUUACAGUCAUUUAAUGGAAUGAAAAAAGUAAAUAACUUGUGGUUUAAUACAUUGCCAUCAAUUAAACGAAAUGAUAAUUCGCAACCAAUGAAUCCAUUUAAAUCUUUGUCUAACAUUCCCAUAACUGUUCCAAACGGUUUGAUUUCAUCUGAAAGUUCAGAUCUGACUGACUCAGAGUUCGAGUCGAAUAAAUCGAAACUCGAAACCAUUCGAAAUGCUUAUCACAAACAAGUAUUUGAUAAGUCUUCGUUAUCCACCACAUCGACACCUACCUCCACAUCUAACACUUCCCAUGAAGUGACAUCAGAAUUGUCUACAUAUGAUAAUACAAGCGAAUCAUUUUCUGCAUCCAGUUUUCCAGUAGAUCCACCAACUGAUUAUAAGUCAAUACUUGUUAUCCAAACUCCAAAUACACAGUCGACUCCUUUGACAGAAAAAAGCAGUCAUAACAUUGCAGAGAGAUAUAUAAUAAAUAGUGGUAAAGAACAGGAUAUAAGACUAAACAGCGCUCAAUCAAUGCCAAACCUAAGUUGCAUUAUUCCCAUUUCGUCGUCCAAAUCGACUUCUACCCGAACUCAGCCUCACUUCUGGGAACUGCACAGAAUUCCUUCGAGUGGAAACACUUCGACAUCUCAAGACAUUGCGGAUUUUGAACUUGAUUUGGAUGAAGAAUCCAUAAAAAUGGUGGCAGAUUUGCCUAUUGAUGACAACAAUGUUAAUACAAAAACAAAUACGGAUUCUUCAACAUCGAGUGACAAAACUACUUCUGAGACAACUUCGAUGACUCCAGAAAUACUUAAACCUCCGACGCCUUUCAAUAAUCAGAAUUAUGGCACUAAUGAUACGUCUUCGACGGCCACUCUCUCAUCAUUAAGUGAACCAAAACCCGAACUUAUAAUUAAUAUAACAGGUAUUCAAGUUUGAAAAUUUUAAUAAUAAUACUCAAUAUAUAUAUAUAUAUAUAUAUAAUUUCUAAUUACCGGUAUUUACGGUAUU